GCGGCUCUUUGAUCUGAAAGCGGCUCCAUUUACCGGAGCUUUAAUCGGUUUGUACCGAAAGACAGAGACAGAGGGACAGAGAGGGAGAGGGGGGGAGACACACAGUGUGAGACACAGUGAGACGGAGACAGGGAGACAGACACUUGGAGUGAGACAGAGGGAAUGAGACAGAGUAGGGGAGGAGAGAUUCCGUGACCGGAUCGCGGCUCUGCUGCACGCGGACUCCGGUAUUUUUCUACCUACAGGCGUCGCAUCGUCCGCUGCCGCCGUGACACCAGCGGUCUGUCUGUCUGUCUGUCUGUUGGUAUGUGAACGUCACUGUUGCUCCUCGUCGCUCGUGUGCUUAUACUUUCACCUUUACCGGAUGGGAGGAUGAUCUGCGGACCUGAGUGAAGACCUCUGAGAGCUGCAGCUUAAGGCGCGAGCCCGACGUCCAGGACGUGACCGGACCGGACCGCCGGUCUGAGGAGCAGUUUACCGGAACAGAGGCUGGGAAGCUCUGCAGGUGGUGAUGUCAUCAUGAUGCUGCCGGUCUCCAGGUUUAAAGGUCAGCCAGUUGGCAUGGUAACCACCUCAACACCCUGGCUGUCCUUCAGCAGUGACCCCGCCCCCCACUGGCUGUGGUUGUCCAGCUGGUCAGCAGCAACGUAUCAGACCACGCCCCCUCUGGUAUUCUACCCCCCAGCUAUGUGGAUACCUGAACACACACACCUUAUACAGUGGGAACGUCCGGCUGUUGAAGUGGUUCCUCUUGUCCCUCCGUUUUAUGGCUCUCCACAUCUUCAUCCUCCUCAUCCUCUCCCCAAGCUAGCUGAAGGCUGGGUCUCACCAGACGAAAUGGGCGUGUUUCAGAGGAGAGACAAACCCCUCCUCCUGACCAAUCACAAUCACAUCAUGCAGAGGCCAGUAAGACAUGCCCCCAGGACACGACUGCUGCUGUCUCCUUCUCGAAUCUCAGGUUCUGUUAGAAGAGAACACACAACAAAGACAAGAGACUCUGAGAGAGAUGACACCUCCUCCUCCUCCUGCUCCUCCUCCUCUUCCUCCUUAUCGCCCCUGCAACUCCUCUCUGUGUCUCCUCUCCACCUGCCUCUCCUCACUGCUCCUCCUCCAUCAGGUGGAGCUUACAUUGAAUGGGCAGGACUUCACAUACAAAGAGAAAAGGAGGUGUGGCCUAUCAUUCUGACCAAUCAACGACAUAGGAGGGCAUGGGCGCAACCAAUCAUCAGUUUGGAAAGACGACAGUCUCCAACAACAGAGCAUUGUGUCUUUGGACCUGUCUCUCCUGCUCAGCUCUGCAUUGAUAGGUGGCCUGUGUUACCUUUGCAGGUGCUGAAUGAAGUCCAUCCUUCGUUCUUCUCUUCACAGUUUUCUUCCAGAUUCACUCUGCUGACAAACCUCAGACACAAGAAGCGAGGGAUGAGUGGAGGUAAAGUUUCUUAUGGAGGAGCGCUGCUGCUGAGGACGGAGAGAGCAAUGGAUGACAACAAGCAGUGUGUUGAGGUGUCUGUAGACAGAGGAGAGGAGGGAGACGAGGAGGAGGAGGAAAAGGAGGGAAGUGAAGAAGGAAGAAAAGAAAAACUUCCUGUCGCUUCCACACCUGUCCCAGGGUCGCCAUGGUGUGUGGUGUGGACCGGAGACGACCGGGUCUUCUUCUUCAAUCCCACAAUUCACCUGUCUGUCUGGGAAAAACCGGGGGAGCUGAUUGGUCGAGACAUCAGCAGCAUCAUCGAAGAUCCACCUCACAAGAGGAAGAAGACAACACCUGCCGACAGCAGCUCCAGCUGUCAGUCACCUGGUUUUCAUGGAAACGAUGAAGAUAAUGAUCAUGAACACAUCUCCAAGAGGAACAGAAUAGAGGAGCCCAUGUCUCUCAUCCCUCGCCCAGGAGAAGUUAAGCUCCUCCCUUUGGAGCUUCGUAUUGUUCACUUCAGGGAGAUGAUGCUGGAGAGAGGGGUGUCGGCGUUCUCAACCUGGGAGAAAGAGCUCCAUAAGAUGGUGUUUGACCCUCGAUACCUGCUGCUAACCUCAGAUCAGAGGAAACAGGUGUUUGAUCAGUUUGUGAAGAGCAGGGUGAAGGACGAGUACAAAGAGAAGAAGGGUAAACUUCAGAAAGCCAGAGAGGAGUUCAAACAGCUGCUGGAAGAGGCCAAGAUCACCAGCAGAUCGACCUUUAAAGAGUUCUGUGCUCGUUACCGUGGUGACCAGCGGUUUGAUGCCCUCAAUAGGAAGAAGGAACAGGAAGUACUCUUUCAUCACUACAUCACAUCCUUAAAGAAACGAGACAAAGAGAACCGAGCCAGACUCAGGAAGAUGAGAUGA